AUGAAUUACGACGAGCGAAAUGAUGAAAAUCGUGAAAAUGUGACUAUUAUUUGGUUUAAUUCGACUAAUGAAAAUCUUCAAGUUAAAUUAAAACAACUUCGCGAAAUCAAUGAUUACGUUUUAUAUUUUAAUCAAUUCGAUCAAUGUUUUUCGCGUAUUCAAUCGAUUGAAAACGAAACAAUGAUUUUAAUUUUAACUGAAAACGAUUUCGCCAAAUUUUCUUCAUUAAUCGACAAAUCUUCGCAGAUCGAUUCGAUUUUUCUAUUCGAUGAAAAUUCUAAAUCUUCUAACGAUUGUCCAAAAGUAAUCGGUGUUUAUGACAAUUUUCAAUUAUUAUGUCAUGCGAUCGAACAGCAAAUCAAUUCGAUUGAGAAACAAUUCCAAACGUUAACCAUUUGGAAUCAGAAAAAUGAAAUUUUAAAAGAUUUCUCGAGACAAUCUGCCGAAUUUCUUUGGUUUUUAUUAUUGAAAAAUGUUCUUUAUCAAUUUCCUUCGAAUCAAUUUGGAAAGAGACAAUUUAUUGAGAAAUGCCAGAUGUAUUAUCAAGGAAAUUCGAAGAAACUUGCAGAGAUAAACGACUUCGAAGAAAAUUAUCGAUCGGAUUUGGCUUUGGAAUGGUUUUUGAAGAAAUCUUUCGUUUCAAAAUUGUUAAACAAAGCUUUGCGAAGAAAAGAUAUGAUUGAAUUAUUAAAUUUACGAUUUUUCAUCUUAGAUCUUUCGAAUAAUUUACGAAAACAACAUGAAAAACUUCGUGAAUCCAACGAAAAAGUUGUUCAUGCUUACAAAGAAAUGAAAAUGUCGAUCGAAGAGCUCAAUCAACUGAAAGAAAAACACGAAAAAUUCAUUUCGUUCAAUGGAUAUUUAGUGGCAAGUAAAAGUCGAAAUAAAACCUUGGCAUCGAUAUCGAAAUCAGUGAAAACUUCAAAGAAAAUCUCUGUUCUUCUGGAAAUUCAAUGUUCAAUCGAAGAUAUCAAUGAAAAGACACUUUUCGCAGAAUCUUCAUCGAAUGAAAAAGAAAUUUUGUUUGAUUUAGGAAAUGUUUUUCAAAUCGAAAAUAUUCACGAAGAAAAUCAAAUCACAAUGAUCAAAUUAAAUUCUUCGAAUCAACAAGAUGAAAUUGUUCAAGAUUUUCUUCGAAUUAAUCCAAAAGAAACGAAUUUUUUAAUUCUUCUUGGUAAACUUACUUUCAUCAUGGGUUGUUAUCAAAAAACAAUGAAAUAUUUCGAACAAUUAUUAAUUUAUCAAAAAGAUCUUGAAACUAUUCGUCUCAUUCAAUUCUAUCUCGCUCGAUCUUCACAUUUACAAGGUGAUUUAAAACGAGCGAAAGAUUUAUACGAUCAAAUUUACGAUGGAUUAAUGCAUUCGAAUCCGAUCAAUCGAAAAGAUACAGGUGAAAUUCUUAACCAGAUUGGACAUGUUUUUGAAUUACAAUCGAAUUACGAUGAAGCACUUCGUUUUUAUGAAAAAUCUCUCGAAACACGAGAAAAGACUUGUUCAUCUGAUGAUCCUGACAUCGCCAUUAGUCUUAUUAGUAUUGCAAAUCUUUACUUCAAACGACAAAAGUAUAACGAAGCUUUAGAACAUUUUCAACGAGCAGUGAUUAUUCAAGAGAAAUUGUUUCCCAAUUAUUUUAAUGAUUUAGUUAAAACAUUGAAUUUGAUGGGAAAAGUUCUUUUGAAACAGGGAAAAUCAAGUGAUGCAUUGAAGACUUUUCAAAAAGCCUUAAAGAUCCAAGAAGAUUUCCAUUCGAAUGAUUAUCCGGAUAAAAUCGAUACUUUCGAAAAUAUUUCAUUGGCCUAUGAAAAAUUAAAAAUUCCACGAAUGGCUCUUGUUCAUUACAAAAAGAUUUUAGCGAUUGAACAGAAAUAUCUUUCAACGGAGCAUCCGCAACGAAUUCAAACAGAGAAAAACAUUCAAAGACUUUCUUCACUUAAAUAA